GGCGAGAAAAUAACUAAAUUACAAUAAUACAAUUAUUUUGUUAACAAUAUAAUUCCGCGCUAUAUAAAGUAUAUAAUAAACAGAUUUGUUAAUAUAAUAUUGAGUAAUACUAAACAGAUAAAAUUCCCGCAAAUCCAUUUAUACCGUUAAUUAUUUUCUCUCUCCUUUGCUUCAACAAGUAAAUUAACAAUGGCGAUUUCUCCUAAUCUCACUCGAGUUUUCACCUUCAGUGAACUUCGCUUGCCGGAAACUCACAGCCGUUCAAUCUUCUACCGGAAGCCUCAAUUGUCCGUCCGAUGCGCCGCUGAUGAAUCUUCUGCUGCGUCGUCGACUGUUGAUUCUCAAUUUGAUGCGAAAAAGUUUCAUCAUAAUUUGACGAGAAGUGAUAAUUAUAAUCGUAAAGGUUUUGGUCGCAAAGCAGAGACUCUUCAGCUUAUGAAUCGCGAGUAUACUAGUGAUAUAGUAAAGACUUUGAAGGAGAAUGGAUAUGAGUAUACAUGGGGCAAUGUCACAGUGAAGUUGGCCGAAGCUUUUGGAUUUUGCUGGGGUGUGGAAAGAGCCGUUCAGAUUGCAUAUGAAGCAAGGAAACAGUUUCCCAGUGAGAGAAUCUGGAUCACUAAUGAAAUCAUUCACAACCCAACUGUUAAUAAGCGAUUGCAAGAUAUGGAAGUGCAGAAUAUCCCCGUCGAGGAAGGAAAGAAGCUGUUUGAGGUUGUUGACCAAGGUGAUGUUGUGAUUUUACCAGCUUUCGGAGCUGCUGUAGAUGAAAUGUUGACAUUGAGCGAGAAAAAAGUACAAAUAGUAGAUACAACUUGUCCUUGGGUGAAUAAGGUGUGGAAUGUUGUCGAGAAGCACAAGAAAGGAGACUACACUUCAAUUAUUCAUGGGAAAUAUGCUCACGAGGAGACUGUUGCAACUUCAUCUUUUGCUGGGACCUACAUAAUUGUGAAGAAUAUGAAGGAGGCAACUUAUGUUUGUGAUUAUAUUCUCCGGGGGCAACUUGAUGGGUCUAGUUCAAGCAGAGAGGCAUUUUUAGAGAAAUUCAAAUAUGCUGUUUCCGAUGGGUUUGAUCCUGAUAGAGACCUUGUUAAAGUUGGGAUAGCAAACCAAACUACUAUGCUCAAGGGAGAAACAGAAGAAAUUGGGAAGUUGGUUGAGAGGACUAUGAUGCGCAAGUAUGGAGUUGAGAAUGUUAACAACCACUUCAUGAGUUUCAACACAAUUUGUGAUGCUACACAAGAGCGACAAGAUGCGAUGUAUAAGCUGGUGGAUGAAAAGGUAGACCUUAUGCUGGUAAUUGGCGGCUGGAACUCCAGUAACACCUCUCAUUUGCAAGAGAUAGCUGAGGACCGUGGUAUCCCGUCAUAUUGGAUUGACAGUGAAGCAAGAAUUGGCCCUGGAAACAGAAUAAGUUACAAGUUGAACCAUGGGGAGCUUGUUGAGAAAGAAAAUUGGCUGCCGGAAGGGCCAAUCACCAUUGGUGUAACUUCUGGUGCUUCUACACCUGAUAAGGUAUACACUCAAACUUUUUUUUUGGUUUACCCGGUAUUCAGCAAGACUGGUAGGCUAAGAACUUAUUGCAAUGACUACACUAUUCAGCAGCAUAUUCAACUUUUAACCUGCGAUUUGCGAAUAUAGAUGCAAGGGAUAGUUCUCUUCUUGAAUUGUUGAUGCUCAGGCAUUUGGUGUUAUUAUACCUAUUUUUUCAUUAUAUUAGUGUUGAUCCUCAAUCUUUUCGAGUUUUCCUUUCCAGGUUGUCGAAGAUGUUUUGAUAAAGGUAUUUGAUCUUAAACGGGAUGAAGCAUUGCAGCAAGAAGCUGUGGCCGCUUAAGGGUCUAAGGCAGUUUGAUUUGUAGCCAUGAUUCAAAUGGCUGUGUUUAUUAAAACUGAUGCUGUUUAGCUAGUAGUCGGAAGAGGAGUAUUUUGUAACUGAUCCUGUGCAACUGUGGUUGAAACAUGUAUGUAUGAAAUGGUUUCCUAGCUAGUUCGCAAAUCGUAUGUUACUUUCAACCCUAGGCAUUGUUUUGUUUGUCACGACUACACGGACAUUCAGAGUUCCUGGAGUUUAGUAGUUUGAGACUUGAGAGUAAAGUUUGGUUUACCAAAAUUGGGUGGAAGUAUGGAUGUUGCUUGAUCAUGCAUUAUUCCCCUGUCAUCUGGGAGACAACCUUGCAGAUUAUGCUGAGCUUAUAAUUUAUCAAUUGGGAGUUAGAAUUUCGGAUCCUUC